AUGGGUGUUCACGGCCUCUGGGAACUCCUCGCCCCCGUCGGCCGCCGCGUCUCUGUCGAAACCCUUACCGGGAAAAAACUGGCAAUCGAUGCAAGUAUAUGGAUGAUACAGUUCAUGAAGGCGAUGAGAGACGAUAAGGGAGAGAUGGUUCGGAAUGCUCACAUAUUGGGCUUCUUCCGUCGAAUUUGCAAGUUACUCUUCCUACGGACCAAACCGGUCUUCGUCUUCGAUGGUGCCACGCCCGCUCUCAAGCGCCGUACGGUCAUUGCUCGUCGCCGACAGCGCGAAAAUGCCCAGGCCAAAAUUCGGAAAACCGCAGAGAAAUUGCUCCUCAAUCACCUGAAGGCAAUGAGAUUGAAAGAGUUAGCCAAGGAUCUUGAGAACCAGAAACUGAAGAAUGAUGCUACGGGUAAAAACGUUGUUAAUGAACAAAGGGACGUCGCAGGCAAUACUUUGGAAGGAAAUGAUAUGGCAUCAGGAAGUUAUGAUCCGAAAACACCAAACGAACUAUUAGCAGCAUCCCUUGCGGCUGAGGAAUAUGAGACAUUUACUGGUAAUGCAUCAACACCUGGUGGUGGGGUUCCUGCUGAAGAAGAGGAUGGCAGUGAAGAUGAAGAGAUGAUACUGCCAAUGAUGCAUGGAAAAGUUGAUCCUGCUGUUCUAGCUGCUUUACCGCCAUCUAUGCAACUUGAUCUUCUUGUCCAGAUGAGAGAGAGAUUAAUGGCAGAGAACAGACAAAAGUAUCAAAAAGUCAAGAAGGCCCCUGCAAGAUUUUCAGAAUUACAAAUACAAGCUUAUCUUAAAACUGUUGCUUUCCGUCGAGAGAUAGAUGAAGUGCAAAAAUCUGCUGCUGGGAGGGGAAUAGGUGGUGUACAGACUUCACGGAUAGCCUCUGAAGCCAAUAGAGAAUUUAUUUUCUCAUCGUCUUUUACUGGGGACAAACAAGUUCUUACAUCUUCUGGAGUGGAGAAAAAUGGCAAUGAGCAAUGUCAGACGUCAGUGUCGCAUCCUUCAUCAGAUUCUCUGGGGGGUGUUGCAUUUGGUAAGAUGCCCAAUGCUGGCACUGAGUCAGUAGGGGAUGAACCUGUAGGGGUGUUUGAUGGUGAUGUUGAAACAUAUCUGGAUGAGAGGGGUCGUGUUCGAGUCAGUAAAGUGCGAGCUAUGGGAAUCUGCAUGACUCGAGAUUUACAACGGAAUUUGGAUUUGAUGAAAGAGAUUGAGCAGGAGAGAAUAGGCACAAAAAAAAAUGCAAAUGAUGAAUGCGCCCUUGAUAAUGAUAUAGCUGGUGUCCCCAAAAAAUUCCCCAGUAAAAUGCAUCUUUUGGAAACUUCAUAUUUGGUAAAUGAUGGAGCGGUUCACUUAAGCCGCAGAAAUGAUGUGUCAACAUCUGGAAAUGGAACUUCGAUGGAGAUAUCUUUUGAAGAUGAGAGUCAGCGGAAAUGUGUUGAUGGCGAUGAUGAAUUGUUUGCACGCUUAGUGGCAGGAGAACCUGUGAUGAAUUUUUCUGCUGAUACACCCUUAAGGAAACAAUCUCCCGAGUCUACUUCAGAUUGUGAAUGGGAGGAAGGGAUCAUCGAAGAGAAAGUUGAUACUAUAACUCACGGUGACAGUGUGGAAAGUAGACCAUCCCUUGUAGAUGGCGACGGUAGUAACGAGAGUGAAGUGGAAUGGGAGGAUGGAUUUUAUGAUAUUCCUAAAAAUGCUUCCCCAUGUCCAGAUGAAUACGGGAAAACUGUCUCCAAAGGUGCUUUGGAAGAAGAAGCUGAUUUUCAGGAAGCAAUUAGGAGAAGUCUUGGGGAUUUGAAGGGUCAGAAAUACAUUGAAACAUCAUUUGAUGAUGAGACUUAUAAAGACGCCAAAGAAAUAGCUAGUGAGGUUACAAAUGUUGGGUUUGCUUAUCAAGAAAAGGAUAGGGCUGAGCCAAACGAAUUCCUAGAGAAUGUUUGCGAACCAAAUGAUACAUCUUGUAAAGUGAUGGCUGGAUUUGAAAGGAUGGACAUUGUGUGUGGAAUAAACAUUUCAAAACCUGAUGAUUCUUCAGGGGCCCAGUUGGCACCAUGCACAGGGGUUUCUGAUAACAUGGAAGUGGUGAUCAAAAAACCAUUUGACAGUUCCUCAAUGUGCCACCCUGAAUUUCCAAGGCAAAAUGCAAGUGGAAGUGAGGAUUCCCAUAGAGUAAAUGAACAAGUUGGAUCAGCUAUUCCAAUUGAAGAAAAGAUGCUUGACUCGAUUGGGGAGCAACUUGUGGAUUCUUCAAGCAGAGCUAGCAUGGUGUCUUAUAAUAGAAGUUUUUCAGGAACUUCUCAGAAGUCUAAUUCUGAUGUCAUUCUUACUGAUACUCAACAAUUAGAGUUUGAAGCUGCAGUUAAUGACUAUAUGAGUGAGACAACAGAGCACAGAGAAUCUUCCCUUAAAGAACCAACAACUGACAUUAAUGUUGUGGAAAAAUUGGUUGAGGAGAAAGAUUAUGAUGACCUCUCCAAGGAAAGAUAUGAUUUUGUUGACAAAACUGAUUGGAUAGAUGGAAAAAAUGAGCGGGGUGAAAUUACUGAGGCUAGUUUAGAGGAAGAAUUUCUAAAUUUGGGCCAAGAACGCAUAGAAUUGGGGGAUGAACAGAAAAGGCUUGAACGUAAUGCCGAAUCUGUAAGCAGCGAAAUGUUUGCAGAAUGCCAGGAACUGCUUCAAAUGUUUGGCUUACCCUAUAUCAUUGCACCAAUGGAAGCCGAAGCUCAAUGUGCAUACAUGGAACUGGCAAAUCUGGUUGAUGGUGUGGUCACCGAUGACUCUGAUGUGUUCUUGUUUGGGGCUCAAAGUGUAUACAAAAAUAUAUUUGAUGAUCGCAAAUAUGUGGAGACAUACCUUAUGAAGGACAUUGAGAAUGAGCUCGGCUUAACCCGAGAAAAAUUGAUUCGUAUGGCGCUACUUCUUGGGAGUGAUUAUACUGAAGGUGUAAGUGGGAUUGGCAUCGUUAAUGCCAUUGAAGUCAUAAAUGCAUUUCCUGAAGAAGAUGGCCUAAGUUAUUUCCGGGAGUGGAUUGAGUCGCCGGAUCCGACUAUUUUAGGAAAGGUUGAUUUGCAAGCAGGAUCAAGUUCUAAGAGAAGAGUGUCAAAAUUUGGUGAGGACGAUGUGAGUUGCUCCCACGACAACAUAGAAGGAGUUUCUGCAUCCAACCAACAUGUUUCACAGGCUGAUUGCAUCCAAAACAUGAAGCAGAUUUUCAUGGAUAAGCACAGAAAUGUGAGCAAAAACUGGCACAUUCCUUCUUCUUUUCCAAGCGAAGCAGUGACUUCGGCAUAUGCUUCUCCACAAGUGGAAAAGUCAACAGAGCCUUUUUCAUGGGGAAAACCAGAUCUUUUUGUUCUUCGCAAAUUGUGUUGGGAAAAGUUUGGAUGGGGUGCCCAGAAAGCUGAUGAGUUGCUACUGCCUGUCUUGAAGGAGUACAACAAACAUGAGACUCAACUGCGGUUGGAAGCAUUUUACACUUUCAACGAGAGAUUUGCGAAGAUUCGUAGUAAGAGGAUAAAAAAAGCUGUUAAAGGAAUAAUGGGGAAUGACUCUUUGAAGUCAACCGAUGACUCUUUGCCAGAUGUUUCUAAAGGUAAAAAGAAAACAAGACCAAGUCCCAGAGAAGCUGGUGGUGAAAAAUCCAGAGAGCUAGAGGUUGGUAUUGCUGGAGAUGAGAUGGACUGUAGAGAAAUAUCAGGUGCAAAGCAAUCAAGAAAAAGGAGGGCCGGUGGAGAGCCUUUACCAUUAGAGUUUGCAAAUUCAGCUCCAACAAAUCGGGCAGAAGGCAAGCGAAAUACCAAGAAUGGAUUAAGUGUAAAAGGAAGAGGCAGAGGAAGAGGGAGAGGGCGAUCUGUUGGAAGAGGGGGGAGAAAAGAGAAUUCUGGAUUUGAAUGUGCUGAAGCCAAUUCUGAUGAUGGAACCAAUAGUGAUAGUGAAGAGGAACUGCAACUUGAGAAUUACGAAGGGUCACAUGAAGUACGAAGAUCAACACGUCCGCGGAAGACUGUGAACUACAAACUGUCUGACUUAGAAACCGAUGGAUUAGGCAAAACAGUUAUGGACAAUGGAACUUGCACUGAUAAGGAGGCAGAGGAAGAAGAGGCUUUUGAAGACCAGGGGAUGAUCGUUGGAGAUGCUGUUGCUGGCCCCAGCCAAAAAACCUGUCAUAAAGUUGGAGGUUCUCCAACAAAGGAGGGCUUGUCCAGGGACUACCUUGAAGCGGGAGGUGGAUUCUGCAUAGAUGAGGCUAAACAAAACAUUGACAAUGGUGAACUAGGUUCGGGUCACAAUUCUGAUACUCUUUCUGAGGCAGAAUUAUCAAGAGAAUACCAUAAAAUGGGCGGUGGAUUUUGCUUGGAUGAGAAUGAAGUGGGUAAGGACCCAAAUGAAUUUUCUUCCAGCCCAGCAAGAUUGAAUAUCUUUGAGAAUGUUGAUCCUAUCCAUCACCUUGUUGUGGAAGAAGCUGAAAAUGAGAUUGGUAAAUUGGUUACUAGUCCGGUAAGAGUAGUUUUAAAUGGAUGUCAAGGUGGAGGGAAGACAGGCGCCCCUAAUGCUACAACCAAUAGCGUUCAUUCCAAUGUAGCUAUCUCUCAAUUUAAUAUUAGAGAAGCUGAUUCUGGGACAAGCUCAGUAAGAUCUCUAAGUGCAAUGCCGAAUCUCAGAAGAAAGCGAAGGAAUCGUUGAACUACUAAUUUUUGUGAUUUUUUUGUGGAGUUAUUUAUGAAUUUUUUUCUCCACCUCUCUUGGGCAAAUGGGAUAUUUUUCAAGUUUGCAUGUGUUCUAAACAGCGUUGGUUUAUCUUUUUCCAUUUUUAGGAGGAAGAUAGGGGUUUGUAUUUGCAUUGUAAAUACCAGCAGACAGAAGAAAGAACUGAGAUAUCAGAAAUUGUACCAAUUAUUUACUAUGAGGGACCGAAGUUGCAGAUCACCUUUUUUUUUUAUGUGAUAAGAGACAGAAAGUGACGUGCAAUUGACCCAUUGGAUGUUUCAUCUGGGUAUUGUUGAAAAAGGGUUCUAUAGGGACACUGUUGGGUGACCAAAAUUGCCAAAAUGUGUGAUGUCAAUCAUCAGUGAAUGAUUCUUUUUCCAGGAGGACAAAAACGUUUGUAAAUUUCUCUCUCUCUCUCUCUCU